GUAAAUAAAAAAUAAACACUGUCGAGAACGCUACGUCUUCUUUGAUUUCAGAAAAGGGCUAACCUCUAAAAUAAUAUACACGAUGAUCCGCUUGACCUCCAAAUUGAUGCCUACUACUUCCAUGGCCGCUCGCCAGAGCAUUCGUAUGUCGAGACCCGUUUCUGUUCUUGCGCGACGUUGCUACACCACUGAACAACCCCUUCCCACCCCUGGUACUGACGCCAAGGCCGAUCCCAAAAUCGCCGCCAUCGUUGAUCAAAUCGAGACUUUGACUUUGUUGCAGACUUCUGAACUUGUUGCACAACUCAAGUCUCGUUUGAACAUCCAAGAUAUCGCCAUGCCUGUUGCCAUGCCCGCUGCUGGUGCACCCGCUGCUGGUGCCGCUGCUGAAGAGGAAAAGCCCGCCGAGAAGACCGACUUCAACAUCAAGAUUGAAAAGGUGGAUGCAUCUGCAAAGGCUAAGGUUAUCCGUGAAGUGAAGAAUUUGGCUGGUUUGAACCUUGUAGAGGCCAAGAAGUUUGUCGAAAGCGUUCCCAAGGUGCUAAAGGAAACUGUUCCCAAGGAGGAAGCUGAGAAGCUUAAGAAGGCACUCGAGGCCGUUGGCGCCACCGUUAUUUUGGAAUAAGUUUGUCCAUUAUAGAGGGUUAGAAACACUGUAUAUUUCCUUUUUUUUUCUCAAAACAAGUAGACAAUAAUUCACAUUUCAUUCAUGCUGAAAAACCCCAUCAACAACUUCUGGACUUUGUGUGGCAUUGGUAAAGCUCAUAGUGGAGAACGACGUGUAGGUUCGGGAGCAUUUGUCAAACUUCCUGAUGUGAAUUGUGGGCAGUUUCCAAAAAUGAUGGCAGAAGCAGU